UUGACAUUUUGACAGCCGUUGUUCAAAAAUAGUCGCGUUGAAAACUUGUCGAUCGCUGGUAUCUACUGUCACAGUGGAAUGAAGAAAUCUGGUUUGUUGAUUAAAAGUGAUUGUAUUCAAGUGAUUUGCGGCGAUAUAAAUUAGUUUCGAAAACCAGAAUGCCGCCGAGUAGUUUGAGAGUGGUGUACGCGUUCGCAAGAGAAAUGCAUCCAAAAACGACUGACGUGUUUAUUCAGUACGGCACUGCCGGAUUCCGAACCAAAGCCAGUCUUCUGGAGCAUGUGGUCUACCGCAUGGGUCUCCUGGCCGUCAUCAGAUCCAGGGUGAAGAAUGGUCGCACCAUCGGCAUGAUGAUCACGGCGUCCCACAACCUGGAGCCCGACAACGGCGUCAAGCUGAUCGACCCCCACGGCGAGAUGCUGGAGCAGAGCUGGGAGGAGCUGGCCACGCGCCUCGCCAACGUCAGUGACAAUGACCUGGAGUCAACGACGGAGCAGAUCAUCAAGGAGGUGAACGCCGACAUGGGGCUCAAGGCCAGCGUCUUCAUCGGCAUGGACACUAGGUACACGAGUCCCCGCCUCGCUGCGGCCGCUGUCCACGGUGUUAUGGCACUGAAGGGCACGCCCAAAGAGUUCGGUAUAGUCACCACACCGAUACUGCACUACUGUGUACGGUGUAGGAACGAUAACAGCUACGGGAAACCCACGGAAGAAGGUUACUACGAGAAAAUCGUUGGUGCGUUCAAAAACAUACGACAGAAGUUAUCUGUGACUGGCAACUACAAUACUAUUCUAUAUGUCGACGGCGCGAACGGCGUUGGCGGCAAGAAGCUGAACAUCAUCAAAAAGGGCUUAGACGGCGAAUUGGAUCUUGUACUACACAACCUGGGAGGGAAUGGAGGAAAGUUGAACUUGAAUUGCGGUGCAGACUAUGUCAAAGUAUCACAGAAGCCGGCGACGGGAUUCGAGGCGCCGCCGCUGCAGCGCGUCGCCUCGCUCGACGGCGACGGAGACAGGCUCGUGUACUACUACCUCGACCAGAAUGAGAACAUGAAGUUACUUGACGGUGACCGCAUAGCGACGCUGCUCGCCAGCUACAUCACGGAGCUGCUGGCCGCCAGCGGAGCCCUGGGCCUGCGGCUCGGCCUCGUCCAGACCGCGUACGCUAACGGCGCUUCUACUAAAUAUAUCACACAGAAAUUGAAAAUCCCCGUGACCUGCGUCAAGACCGGCGUGAAGCACCUCCACCACGCGGCGCUCUCGUACGACGUGGGCGUGUACUUCGAGGCCAACGGGCACGGCACCGUCGUGUACAGCGACGCCGCCAAGCGCGCCGUCCGCGAAGCCGCCGACACCGGCGACGUAGAACAACGUAAAUCCGCGGAGCUGCUCCUUGACCUAAUCGACAUGACGAACGAGACGGUCGGCGACGCGAUCUCGGAUCUGUUCCUGGUGGAGACGGUGCUGUGUGCGCGCGGCCUCGACGCGCGGGACUGGCUGGCCCAGUACACGGACCUGCCGUGUCGCCAGCUGAAGGUCACCGUGCAGGACCGAAACGUGAUAUCGACAGCGGACGCGGAGAGAAAAUGCACGGCGCCCGAGGGUCUGCAGAGCCGGAUUGACGAGCUGGUGGACAAGUACACGGACGGCCGCGCCUUCGUCCGUCCGUCCGGCACCGAGGACGUCGUCCGGGUGUACGCCGAGGCGGAUACGCAGCAGGCAGCAGACAAACUAGCGGCAGAAGUAGCUCAAGCGGUGUUCGAUUUAGCCGGCGGUGCUGGCGAAAGACCGGUCCUACCCGAGUAGACCGAAAGACCAAUUUAUGGUCUAGUAGACCUAAAGACCAACUAGCUCAAUGAAUAAGACCAAGGGCUAACCUUGUAAAAUAUGUUCCACUGUCCAAAUUGUAUAUUUUAAACUUCCGAAAGGAGGUUAUAAUGAUUUUUAAUUUGUGGCAAAUGUUCAAUAUUUGAUUAGACAAACUUUUAGUCAGCUUUUUUAUUUUAACACCAAAUACGUAUAACUACGUACUAAUAUGUAUAAACCAGAAUCUCUAUAAUAUUGACUAUUUUUCAUAUUAUUUUUUAUCAUCACAAAACCUUAUAGACAUGGCGGACCUACGUGAUUUAGUUAGGGUCAAGUCAACGUGUGACCUGACUGCAGGUUUGACAUAACUCGACAAAAUUACGUAGCACUUUCAUCUACCAGCUGUAACUAUAGCAAUCAAUAUCUUUAAUAGUACAUUUAAAGAAACGAAUUACGUACUUUACAAU